GAGAGAGAGAGAGAGAUGGCAGAAAAUAAGAAGUUCAUCAUAGAGAUUGAGAAGGCAAGAGAAGCUAAAGAUGGGAAGCCAUCAAUUGGGCCAGUUUACAGAAACGCGAUUGUCAAAGAUGGAUUCAGGCCGUUGCCACAAGGCCUGGAGAGCUGCUGGGAUAGUUUCUGCCAAUCUGUGGAGAAAUACCCCAAUAACCAAAUGCUUGGCGAAAGAGAAAUGGUAGAUGGAAAGGCGGGCCAAUACGUUUGGUUAACUUACAAAGAAGUGUACGAUUUAGUCCUAGCAGUCGGUGCAUCUGUCCGUUCUUGUGGUGUCACUCAAGGUGACAAAUGUGGCAUCUAUGGUGCAAAUUGCACGCGUUGGGUUGUAAGCAUGCAGGCAUGCAAUGCACACGGUCUCUACUGUGUGCCAUUAUACGACACUCUAGGUGCUGGUGCAGUGGAAUACAUCAUCUGCCAUGCUGAGAUCUCAAUUGCAUUCGUAGAAGAAACCAAAAUCUCUGAGCUGUUGAAAACCUUUCCCAGCUCUGAAAAAUACUUGAAAACUAUUGUAAGCUUUGGAGAGGCAACUCAAGAACAAAGGGAGGUUGCUGCAAAUUUUGGCACAAAUAUAUAUUCUUGGAGUGAAUUUUUGCUUCUGGGAAAGAGCAAGAGAUACGACAUCCCGCUGAAGAAAAAAACCGAUAUCUGCACAAUAAUGUACACUAGUGGGACGACAGGCGAUCCAAAGGGAGUAAUGAUCUCAAAUGAGAGCAUUCUGUCAGUUAUUUCUGGAGUGAAUCACCAUUUAGAGAGCAUAAAUGAAGAAUUCAGUGAGGCAGAUGUGUUCCUUUCCUAUCUCCCACUGGCGCAUAUAUUUGACCGUGUUAUUGAAGAACUGUUCAUCUCAAAGGGCGCCUCGAUUGGAUUUUGGCAUAAGGAUAUCAAAAAGCUUCUAGACGACAUCAAAGAGCUCAAACCGACAGUCCUAUGUGCUGUUCCACGCGUUCUAGACAAGAUAUACACAGGAUUGAUGGAAAAAAUUUCUUCGGCUGGCGUAAUCAGACAAACACUCUUCAACGCGGCCUAUGCCUACAAGCUGCAUAACAUGAGCAAAGGGUACAAGCAUUCUGAGGCAGCUCCAAAAAUCGACAAACUUGUAUUCAAGAAGGUCAGAGAAGGCCUAGGAGGAAAACUGCGCCUUAUCCUAUCUGGAGCAGCGCCCCUCUCUCCCAACGUGGAGACAUAUCUACGCGUUGUUACCUGUGCUCAUGUCUUACAAGGAUAUGGUUUGACAGAAACCUGCGCAGGAUCGUUCGUUGCAAGGCCCGAUGAGCUAAGUAUGGUGGCCACAGUUGGCCCUCCCCUCCCUGUGGUAGACAUACGCCUAGAAUCUAUUCCUGAUAUGGAAUAUAACGCACUAUCUUCAACUUCUCGUGGAGAGAUAUGCAUAAGAGGGAAAUGCUUGUUCUCGGGAUACUACAAGCGCGAAGAUCUCACCAAGGAGGUCAUGAUUGAUGGAUGGUUCCACACAGGGGAUGUUGGCGAAUGGCAGCCAGAUGGGAGCUUAAAGAUCAUUGACAGAAAGAAGAAUAUUUUCAAGCUCUCACAGGGGGAGUACGUGUCAGUCGAGAACUUGGAAGGCAUCUAUUCCCUAGCGUCCACCAUAGACUCGAUAUGGAUAUAUGGCAGCAGCUACGAGUCAUUCCUCGUUGCUGUUGUCAACCCCAACCUCGAUUCCCUUGAGCGUUGGGCUGAAGAGAACAAGGUUGAUGGAGAUGUUAGUGCCAUAUGCAAAGAUACAAGAGCUAUAGACUACAUUCUUACAGAGCUGACAAAGACUGGGAAAGAGAACAAGUUGAAGGGAUUUGAGUUUAUCAAAGGCGUGUAUCUAGAGCCGGUGCCAUUUGACAUGGAACGCGACCUUAUAACUCCCACUUACAAGAAGAAGAGGAACAAGUUUCUCAAGUAUUACCAGAAGCCCAUUGAAGAUAUGUACAAGAACAAGAACACCAAAUGAGAGAGAUGCAGAUAAGAGUCUGAUUUAUGUACCUUUUAGAAUAGAUCAGAAAACAUACCAAUCAUCUCAAAUACCAUGCAUUUACACCUC